ACGCAUUUACUUAAUUAUUUCGUUUAUUGUAUAACUCCCUAGUUAGUUUUAUUAAUUUAUUUAUUGAGCACGAACAAGCAAUUAUGAUAAUGGACAUGAAAAUUGCCAACGGCUCCGAAGCCCUGGGAAAAAUGAGCCUGGCGCACUCUUUGUUGCGCUCCCGACAAAUAUGGCUGACCCGCGCCUUUGAAGCCCUAAGUGACACUGAUUACGAUCAACCCCGCGCACUCAUCAGCGCAGCCGAGGUCCAAAUAGGGCCGCACAUAUUCACCAACACACAAUUCUACCGUAUCACACAACCGCAGCCCAAAUCCGAACAGCCAACCAAAAACAGUUCUGCAAUUCCCUUACCGCCACCAUUAGUGUUUGAGUUUGGAGACAAUCCAGGAGACUUGUUUUAUUUGCCCAAAGACUUUAGCGUGGAUCACCUAGUUCGCGCACAGAGCACACCACAGAUUGCGGCUGCACACAUGGGAUACCCGCGAGGAGGCAAGGGCGGCUACAACAUGGCAAUGGCAGCAGCCAGUUGGCGAAACAAAGCUGAGAGCAACUCUAAAAGUGAGAGCGAGAGCGAGAGCGAGAGUGAUUCGGAAGAGCUUGCAGCAACGCACACUCCUGCGACCACAGCGACGCCCGUCAGGCUACCGAUCAAGCGCUCAAUAUCAGACGGGCAGAAUCUCAGCGUAAAGGCGCGGCAGACAGUAUUGUUGCCAGUUGAGCGUGGCCGCACAUGCAAGUACUGUGGGUGCAAUGAGACGCCAAUCUGGAGGCGCGGGCCUGCUGGUACAGGCACCUUGUGCAAUGCCUGCGGGGUCAAAUGGAAGCUGGGCAAGAUCCUCCAGUGA